AUGUGGCUGCUGAGCGCGUUCAUCCUGGCAGCGGGUUUUUCUUCCCGUUCUGCACAAGUCUUGCAGCAAAGCCCCGUAUCCAUCACCAAGCCGGUAAGCAAAACGGUGCUAAUCAACUGCUGGGUCCCCCAUCCCGAUUUUAGCAACCUUUUCAUUCACUGGUACCGACAGAGGCCCAACGCAGCUCCUCAGCGCAUUGCCUACAAGUCCUCCACUCUCUUCCUCGAAAACAAGUCCGACGAGGGGAAAUUUAGUAUCGAGAAGGACCCCAUCAAAUCUGUCUGCACCUUGACAGUCAGCAAAGUAACUCUGCAAGACUCCGCUACCUACUACUGUGCCAGGUGGGAUGCACAGCAGUUGAAAGCCCCAGGGGACCUGCGCAAAGACGUGCUGGGCUUUCUGAACCAGGUCCUGAAGUGUGGACAAGCACAAGUGCUUCUGAAGCAGCGCCAGGUGUCCGUUACCAGAGGGCAAACUAAAACUGCAUGGAUUGAGUGUGCAGCCCAGGGCAUAAAUGACUUCCAGUCUGCAUAUAUACAUUGGUACCGGCACGUACCCGCCAAAGCGCCCGAACGGAUUCUCUACAUCGGACCAGGCCAGGUUUCUUACGAUGACGAUUCCUACAGGAGCAAGUAUUCUUCUUUUAAGAAAGAUGCAAAUAUCUGCACUUUCUUAGUCCACGGCAUCAACGCCGACGAUGAAG